AUGCCGGCUAAACGUCUGGGAAUACACCACGGCACGAUGUGCAUCCUCACUCAGAAAAAUCGGAGCGAUAUUGGUGGCUACCAUCUACAAAUAUAUGCCUAUGAGAACACUUGGGCUCAUGCCCGUCGACGGCGUCGGGAAAAUCAGCGUCAUCAGCUGACAGGACAAGAAGCUCUGACCGAAGAUCCCCCCAAUAGUCCUCCAGUUUCCGUGGCUCUGUCUUUGCCUUCUCACAGUUCUUUUGCUACCUUUCAUCCAUCCGAGGGGAGUACUAGCCCGAGCCCUAGAAGAGGGGAAAAAGAAGUUACUCCAUCCCCGACGGUAGUCAGCAUCAGUGCUAUGGAAUCAGCUCAUACUGUAUCCGGUAAAUUUGUUGUCUUUUUAUUGGUAGUGAAUAAACGUGGAAAAUGUAUUGUUUAG